GGCGCCAUAGUCACGGUAGUCCUGGCGACAAGAACCCAGCAACGAGAAUCAACAACAACAACCCGAACCAUUAAGUGGGAAAAACUCAACGACAAACUAAGAAAAUUCAUUUGGAAAGAAAAAGAGUGGGGUCACCAUGGCAACUCCAGCCUUUGUGGGGGAGCUUCAGCAGCAGUCCUCCCAGCCACAAGGUGGCGGCAGCAGCGUCAACAACAACAACAACGCCUCCACCACCACAGCCUCACCCGCCACCUCACACUUCUUGUCUGACGUCGUCCAGGUGUCCCCGGCGUCCAAGACCCCCAACAACUCCACCAACGCCAACAACAGCACCACACAGGGCUCCUCCUCCUCCUCCUCCUCCUCCAGCGCCGGGGGGCUUCGCUCUCUGAGUGCACAAGCCACAGCAGCAGCAGCAGCAGCAGCAGCAGCUGCAGCAUCGUCCUCUGCCUCCUCUUCGUCUAACUCCACCCAGAAGCCAUCUUCGUCGACAUCGUCAUCGGCGGCUUUGGUGACGUCGAACAGCAGCGGCGCGGCAGGGCAGCCACAGUACGUCACGGCAGAGAUCCAGACGGCCGGCGCGCAGUCCAGCAACGGCCAGAGCACGCCACAGUACAUCGUGGUGACCGUGACGGAGGGCUCUCUGCAUUCCAAUGACUCUGUGUCGGACUCCAGCCCCCCUCCCUCAGUGGUGCAGACGGGGGUCCCCACUCAGGUGGUGCAGCAGGUGCAGACAGCUCAGGCUAGUAUUCAGCAGCAGCAGCAGCAGCAGAGAGGAGAGCUAGAGACAGAGACAGACAGAGGCAUACAGAGGUACUCAGGAGGAGACUCAGGUACAGGAGGAGGAGCAGGAGGAGGAGGAGGAGGUGCAGACAGGUGGAGGCACGCAGAACAGAACCAGGAAGAGAAGGAGAAGGAGAAGGAGGAGGAGAAGAAAGAGGAGGACCAGGGCAUGGCAGGGAAGAAAGCUGGCCACGUGGCAGCGGCGGCGGCACACCUACACGCCAGCUACGAGCCCUGGCUGUACGCCACCGCAGCAGGGGCCGGCGACUGGGUCUACCACCAUCACGACCCGACCACGGUCACCGGCACCGGCACCGGCACUACCCCACACUUCCCCCACUUCCUCCCCGUCUCCCACCCUUCCUCCUCCUACCCCUCCUCCAUGACCUCCUACCCCCACCUCCCCCACCCGCACCUCCCCCAUCCCCUCUCGGUGCAGCUCCAGGUGCCGGUGCACAUGCUGGCUGUGGAUGGGGAGACUCUGGCCCCCGUGCUGCUGUGCGAGAGCAUGGCCGACGUCACCACAGCACUCAGAGUGCAGCAGCAGCCCAUUCAGCAGGGCUCUGUGCCGCACGUCUACUCCAGCCAGGAGCAGUAUGUGGAGGGACGAGACGCCAACUUCACUGGAGCCAUUCGCUCGGGUUCCUAUCCGUACUCGGAGACGUCUCUGUACUCUCAGGCCACAGCCACGGGCUCCUACUACGAGAGCUCGCCCUCCGCUGCCUCCCAGAUCGUGGCCAACAGCAGCAGUGGUGCGGGCGCUGGUGUGACGGUUGGCAUGGCGGGUAGCACGGGUACCUCGAGUGGCAGUGCAGGAGGGGCAUCAGCAGCAGCAGCGGCGGUGGUGGAGGGAGGAGGAGGAGGGGGAGAGGGGGCAGGAAGCUACGUCCUCCCGGGCGGAUACAUGCUGGGGGGAGCAGGAAGCAACAGCAGCAGCCAGGGCUACACCCACACCACGCGAGCCUCACCAGCCACCGUGGAGUGGCUGCUGGAUAACUAUGAGACGGCGGAGGGUGUGUCUCUGCCGCGCUGCACGCUGUACUGCCACUACCUGCUGCACUGCCAGGAGGCCAAGCUGGAGCCCGUCAACGCCGCCUCCUUCGGGAAGCUCAUACGCUCCGUCUUCAUGGGGCUACGCACCAGGCGACUGGGGACACGGGGCAACUCUAAGUACCACUACUACGGCCUGCGCAUCAAGGCCGGCUCCGCUCUGCUGAGGCUGAUGGAGGACCAGCAGCACCUGGCCAUGAGGCAGCAGCCCUUCACACACAAGCAGAGGCUAAAGCCGGUGCAGAAGGUGGAGGGCAUCACCAAUGGGAUGUCGUUGGGGGCGGUGCCUCAGCAGGGCGGCAGCCUAUCGGAUAUCAGCGCACAGGUGCAGCAGUACCAGCAGUUCCUGGACGCGACGCGCUCUCUGCCCGAGUUCCCGGUGAUCGAGCUGGAGAGUAAAGUGGCGGCGGCGGGCCUCACGAUAGACAACAUUGCAGCCUACCAGCAGCUCUACAGAGAACACUGCGAGGCCAUCCUGGACGUGAUGGUGAAUCUGCAGUUCCCCCUGGUGGAGACGCUGUGGAAAACCUUCUGGAGGUUCGACCAGAACCAGAGCAACGACGCCACCGACCCCGCCACCAUGCAUGAUGAGUCUGAGAAGCGUCUGCCCAAGUCUGCGCUGGUGCUGCUGUGCAAGUACGAGCCGGUGCUGAACUGGAGCCGGGAGUGUGACAACAUCCUGUACCAGAACCUGGUGGAGGUGCUCAUCCCCGACGUGCUGCGGCCCAUCCCUAGUGCCUUAACUCAAGCCAUCCGCAACUUUGGCAAGAGUGUGGAGACCUGGCUCAGCAACGCCAUGAUGAACAUCCCCGAGGAGAUGGUCCGCGUCAAGGUGACGUGUGUGGGUGCAUUUGCCCAGACGCUGCGGCGCUACACGUCCCUGAACCACCUGGCCCAGGCGGCCCGCGCCGUGCUGCAGAACACCACGCAGAUCAACCAGAUGCUCUCAGACCUCAACCGCGUAGACUUCGCCAACGUACAGGAGCAGGCGUCGUGGGUGUGCCGGUGCGAGGAGCGCGUGGUGCAGCGUCUGGAGCAGGACUUCAAGGUGACGCUGCAGCAGCAGAACUCCCUGGAGCAGUGGGCGGCCUGGCUGGACGGCGUGGUCUCCCAGGUCCUAAAGCCCUACCAGCAGAGCCCCGCCUUCCCGAAGGCCGCCAAGCAGUUCCUGCUCAAGUGGUCCUUCUACAGCUCCAUGGUGAUCCGGGACUUGACCCUGCGCAGCGCGGCCAGCUUCGGCUCCUUCCACCUGAUCCGGCUGCUGUAUGACGAGUACAUGUACUACCUGAUCGAGCACCGCGUGGCCCAGGCCAAGGGGGAGACCCCCAUCGCCGUCAUGGGAGAGUUCUCGACUCUGAGCCGCAGUCUCAACACACUGGACCCUGACAAAGAUGAGGAGGAGGAAGAGGACGAUGAGAGUGAUGAAGAAUGUCCUGAGUUGCCGGCCCACGCCGCUGCUGCUGCUGCUGGUGCCGACUCCAGCCUGGCCCUCGAACCCUCCGCUAAACGCCCUCGCACCGACUCUGGCAUCCUCUGAUAGUCACGCACACACUCACCCAAACACACUUUGUUGAUACACACACAAACACAAACUCUUCAGAGACCCAUACACACACACACACACACACACACACACACACACCCAAGGACUAUCUCGGGCACAGUCAGUGGCACUUACUAGUUGAGAAAAGUAGCCCACAAAGAGCCGGGCCAGCCUAGCUUGCCUGGGAACUGUGUCUCAAAGAGCAAAAUUCUCUCUACGUAACUGUGAGAAAUGUGUCUCUAUCCGUGAUCCAGUUGCAGCCUGGAUUUGUUGGUUUUAUGAUCCGGUGCAACAUAUUCCAAACGACCUGCUUUUCACCUGUCCAAUGAAACCACUUGAUCACUGCACUCCUGAUGCCCCACGCUGAGCUAAUCUGGGGUGCAUUUCUUGAAAGCGUAGUUGUUAGCAGUUAGCAACUUGGGUAGUUGCCAAUAGGAAAUGGCAUUGCAACCAACAAAGUAGCUAACAUAGUUAGCAACGACGCUUUCGAGAAAUGCACCCCUGCAUAGCGCACAUGCCCAGUGCCGUACGAAACACGUUGUGAUUUUGUGGUGCGUAUGUGCAGACCCGUACGAAAUGCAUUGACCCAGUCAGCUGCUCUGGGGUCCGUUUCUCGAUUCUUGUCGUUGCUAACCGUUUUAAGACCGUCUAAUGACCGUCUUUCCAUUCCCUUGGAUUUAGUGGUGAGCGUCGCUGUCAAGAGAGAGUUGAGUCGCUCUUACGAAGGACAUUGCUACCGUCGUUAGCAAAGACGCUUUCGAGAUACGGACCCCUGGCCCGCCCAUAAAACUGCAUCGUUUUCCCCUCCGAAUGCUCCACCCGUGGUCGUGCGGUGCCAGUCACUGCCAGUCAUUUGGCGUAUUGAUUGGCCACUACGCACAGCGGGUGGAGCAAACGUGGGGGAGAACAAGCAGUUUCAUGGGCGGGCCCAGAGUUGCCGACUGGGUCAAUCGGGACUUUGGGGUGCACAUGCGCGGUGCACAGGAUGCCCGGUCAAUAACGAGCCUGAUCGCUCCAUGAGGCAAUCACCUGGUCGAAUUAAGCCCGAUUCGGACGGGACUUUUAUUACCUAUGAUGGACCCCCGGUAAUUCGGAAUAACUACGGAGAAUGUCUGAGUUUUUAGUCCUGUGCGAAUGUGCCAUGUCCGCGAUUUGAGAGGUAAUAAUUCCGCCGCGAAUUACCUACUGUAAUUCGGCGAAACACAGACGUCCUGGGGUAAUUUCACAUAGGCGCGCCUUCUGCACCCCCUUGUAAUGUCUGUGAAUUGAGUAAAUAACAGAUGUUUAUUUAUCCCGUUUGAAUGCGCCCCGAAAAAUCACAGGGGUCCGGGGGUAAUUGCGAAUUACCAGGGGUCCAUUGGUAAUAUUUAUCCCGUCCGAAUCGGGCUUUAGACAGGUAAAAACCAAGUCUUUUGGAAUAGUAUGUGGCACUGGAUUGUACAAUAAUGAAUCCAGUUUCUCCCAUCACUGGUCUCCUUUAAGAGCGAGCUCUCUCCACUGUGCAAGUUAAUUCAUUGAUUAGUGAGCAAUUUUGAUUUGCCUCCACUCCUCAUCUUCAUCACCAACACCAACACCAUCAUCUCCGUUCUGUUUGAGCCUCUUCUGUUGCCAUCUUUUUCACUAUGCCUACUAAAGUGCUUACACACAAAAAGAGCAAAAAAAAAGAGAGAGAUCAUAUCCUGUAUCUAUGCCUUUUUGGGGGUGGGGGAAUGAUUCGUUUUUCUUGUGCCAUACUGCCCUUUCCCCGCCCACCCUCCUCUUCCCACUACCCCUAAAUCCCAUGUAUUCUUUGCACAUUUUGAUAUUUAUUUCUCCUUCACAUUUCGGUAAGAGGACAUGUGUGUAACAAGGUAUAUAUGUUUGUGCGUGCGUUUGGUAAUGAACCUGUGGGACAAUGAACUCGUCCAUUGCUAAUGCUAAUGGACUUGAAAAGAGAGUUGACACAGAAGCGGGAGACUCCGAGGCGGGAGUUUGUUUUUUUGUUUUUUUGCCUCAGUUGUUGAUUUGCGUGUUAAAAUGUGUAAAGCCUUGUUUCAUCAUCUCUCAUCUUCAUGUACUGUGACUGGUAGCCACAGUCAUCUUUAUUUUCUGCCUUGUGUUGUUAACCCCUUCCAUUCCCUUCACACACCCCCACACCCCUCAACGCUGUCAAUCCUCACCCCACCUAAUUGCCUAAAUCAACCUUUCUCUGCCUGAAACCAUUGACUAGCCAAUCAGAUUACUUUAUUUUCAUUCUUAGAAUGACUGAUGUGGAGGUUAGCCAAUCAGACUACAAUAUUAUAAGUCUUGUAACUGAUGUGGAAGGUGUACGUAAAAAAAAAAAAAAAAGAGUUAAGGUUGUUUUAAUUCUCUGCGAAGUCGAGAGUGCCAAGUCGUGUAUGUAGUGUAUGUGAUGGAACUGGGGCAGAUGUAAGCACGACUUCCCUGAUAACUUGGGGGACGGAAGAGUCGCUUUUGUAGCGAUGGUGUCGCAACACGAUAACAGCGACGCCUCCUGUGCCACUGCCAUCGAUAAGCCUAACGUGUUUGUCUGGCGCUUUUUACUUUUCUCAUUUUGUUUUUAAUGUUUUUGUUUUUAUUAUUGUUUUCAGUGAACAUUUCUUUUGUGUUUCUUUUACUUGGCCAGCAGAGAUUGUAUAUUUCAUUUCAAAAACUACACACUGAAAUGGUUGAAAUGAAAAUAAAUUCGAAAUGUCAAGACGUGUGUUCAAGUUUAGAAGCCGAACGGAAAUACUGUUGUCGUUCUACAUGAAUCUUACUGGUAUUCAAGACAUCUUGGUCUAUAAGCAGAGAAAACAGUGGAGGCAGCCAUUUUGUUUUUCCCCUUUUCCCCACCCAAUUCAUUCUACAUUCAUCAACAUCACAUUUGUCAUUUCACCACUAUGGGAGUUUCAUAAUUAUUAUUUAGAAAUACUAAUGCAUCUAGGUAUAUAGUAUAUCUGACAUGACAAUUAAGCAGUGAUGGGCACCCUGGAUUUUAGAACCUACAAUCCAGUGCCACAAUUUCCAAAAUGAUCUAGUUUUACAUGGUCAAUGGGGGCAAAUAGACAGGUAAAACCAGGGGUGCAUUUCUGGAAAGCGUAGUUGUUAGCAGUUAGCAACUUCGGUAGUUGCCAAUGGGAAAUUGCAUUGCAACCAACAAAGUAGCUAACAUAGUUAGCAACUACGCUUUCCAGAAAUGCAUCCCAGGUCAUUUGGAAUAUGGGGCGCUGGAUUGUAGCUUCUUAGUCCAGGUUGCCCAUCAAUGCAAUGAAGGCACUUCACAUGCUGUAUGGAGCAACGCCAUGACAAUCUAGAGCAGGGAAAUGACAUCUGCCUCAAUAAGCAACAGGGCUCAGUAAAGACGUAAAAAUAGUGUAAUGAUUAAAAUCGUUUAAAUCAACCAACAUUUGGGGGGUAUUACGAGAACAUGGUGAAGUGAUCUGGCUUAAGAUAGCCUAAAGAAAGUAGUAAACCUGACAAUAGAGAGCAUUCUGGCGUCAUUUGGAUAAGAAAAUGAGGACCCCAGGCUCUUCUAUUAGCUGAUUUACCUUAACCUAGUUAAGCUGCUACUGAAGCACUUUCUUGAAAUACCCCUGUAUAGCAUGUAAGUGGUUCUGCAGUAUUUCAUGUAGGUUAAGGUCAGGGAAAUAAAGUGUUGGUAUAAAAUAAAUAAAUAUAUAAGGGGGGAGGAGGAGUGAAUUGACACUUAUCGGCUAAAUGUUAUUUUCUGUUUACAGA